AUGGCCGCCGAUCCAACGGUCAUCACCGAUGACAAUCGGACGAGCAUACUCGACAUUGUCGCGACGACUUUGGACAUCGGUUUCGUGAGUUGCGGUAAAGAUGCUUACGUUUGGUCCAAACAUGACUCGAUUUCCAAUAGUCACCGGCGAGCAGUCGAGGAUGUCCAGGUAAACGGGAGGUUCCAGAUACCGGAGAUCGUCUUCUCGUCCUCCUCACUUGAGGGAACAUUCCCGUUCAGAGUUUUGGCGAUCUGA